AUGCAAUAACCAUCUUAACUAUAAUAAUCUUCAUGGUCUAAUAAUGACGAAGUAACUGUACUAUAAUUUAGAAUGACUUAGAACAAAAUGCAGAUAGCAAUUAAAGCAAACAUCAAGAAGGAUCACGAAAAAAGAAGAAACAAGAUGAACAUAAGUAAUUUGAAGAAAGAUUGA